AUGUCAGAGCCAAAUGCACCAGUACCACGACGAGACGUAACAAAGUCGGGUAACUGGUUUCGCGACUACGACAGCAUCCCCGCAAGUAGUGAGCCAGAUGAAUUGACUCUCAUGCUGUGCCCUCGCACUAUAUCAGCGUUCAGUCUCCGAAAGAAAAGAUGGAGUUCAUAUGACGUAGUCGAUCUCGGGCCUGUGCAGUUCGCAGCAGAUUCAUGGAAGCGACUCGUUCUUAAAACGGAAUACAAAGAGGUCAUUUGGGCCAUGGUUAAGUCAUAUCUUGGCCACAAUAUGGGAUUCCAUGACCUUGUUGCGGGAAAGGGUGAAGGCUUAGUUAUCCUGCUCCAUGGGCCCCCAGGUGUUGGCAAAACCCUGACCGCAGAAUGUGUUGCAGAGUCAUUCAAGAAACCGCUUUAUAUGGUCACUGCUGGAGACCUAGGAACAAACCCCGAUACACUCGAGGCUAAGUUGUCAACAAUUUUCGAUCAUGCUGUGGCAUGGGACGCUUUACUGCUCUUAGACGAAGCAGACAUCUUUCUACAGGACCGGGACUAUGACAAUUUACAUAGGAAUGCAUUGGUCUUUAUCUUUCUACGGACUCUAGAAUACUUCAACGGCAUCAUGUUCCUCACCAGCAACCGCGUCGCCGCCUUCGACCAAGCCUUCCAGUCCAGGAUCCACAUAACAAUUGGCAUGCCAGAAUUCGAUGAGACCCUUCGAAGGGGCGUCUGGAAGAUUUUCAUCCAAGAUCUUGGCCGCGAACAUCGCGAUGGCUCGCCGCCUCUAUUAUCACGUGAAGAGUGCAAGGCGUUAGGAACGGAAGUCACCAAGUCUUGGGCUUCGCAGCCCCUGAAUGGUCGCCAGAUCCGCAACUGUGUCAGGAGCGCGCUGGCACUGGCCGAGAAUGAAGGUGUUUCGCCAAACGCAAGUCAUUUCAACAAGGUCAUCAACCUCGGGAAUGCGUUCACAAAGUACAUGACCCAGUUGCAAAAGGCAGAGGCUGAGGAGAUUGCUCAAAUCAAGGGUGAUCGACUGGCAGCAAUGAAGGACAUCAUGGCCCGAGAGAGUGAUCUGUGA